GCAUAAACAAUGCGCAAAUUUCAAAACAACGCAUCGCAACGAAGCUAUGUUUACAAGUUACCCACCAAGUAAACAGAUGAUGGAGUUUAGCAAACAGGAUUAAUUCAGGAAGAUUUUGGGGUAUUCAUUCUUUUUUGUGCUAAUUUAAUUUAUUUGAAAAGAGUUCCUCGUCCUACUCUUCUUGAGAAACCGGAGAAAGUUGAUUAUUGAACAUUUCCUAAUCUUAUUCAUUUUUAUACGUUUUUUCCAUCGUCUAACUCCUUUCCUUUCUCUCUUAUUUCUUUUUUCUUCAUAUUCAUUCUUAUUUUACAUUACUGUGCAAUACUACGAUCAUAAAGCCGGUUUCAAUCUGUUGACAUUCAAAAAUCGUUUUCCAAAACUUGUUUAUCUCUCUUUGAAUAUAUAGAUAGCUAAUUGCGUUCUUAAAAUGUUUACAAAUACGCCAGUUGGAGGAAAACGGGAGAGAUAUAAUGGUGCACAUCCAGCGUGGUCCCGAUUAGGUACAAACACUGAACAAAUUCACCAAAAUACUACAGAUAUGGCCGCAAAAAUGCACAAACUUCGAUACACCCAACUUCGCUCUCCUCCCACCCGUGUGUCUGUAGAAACUAUGUCCUCCAACCAAACGGCACCAGCUCCUGCCUUUGGACUGGGGCUUCAGUAUAAUCAGGACCACAUCAGUGAAGCUUCCGAAAACGAGGAAUUUGAGCGUGCUGUAAGGAGCGAUCGAUCCACCCCCUCCAAUGCAUCUUAUUCUUCUGAAGAAAAUGAAGAUGGUAUAGAAGAAACAAGCGUCGCAGAUACCGAAGAUAACGAAGAGCUUUCAGAGUUGGAAGAAGAUACUGAGGAAGCUUAUCCUAAGCGUUUUUCCGCUAAAGUACGCAGGCGACCUUUCAAAAAUACUUGGAAGCAGAUUUCAUGGUUACCUUUGGAGUCCAUUAAGCCGCUGGCUUGGUUUUUACUUGCAUUAAUUCUGACUUUGAUAAUUAUCGGAAUACUCCAUAAAGCACCUGAUGUUUCAUUUCGUAAAGAAAAUUUACUAAAUCCACCGAUAGCCCAACAACCGCCUCCAAACACAACCAAUUUAGGUCAAUCAUUGCAUGAUUCUGAAUCCUUAAACGAAAAAAAUGAUAAAGAAGGUGAAGCUGAACCUAUGACUGGCUUCUUGACAAGAGAAGAAUUCAACAAUAUUCUAGAUACCAAGAUAAAGGAAAUGAAAAUCCAGUUAGAGAAAGAGAUACUGUCAUUUAAAUCAUCAGAAUUGGCAGCCGUUGAGCUCGACGACGAGUGGAAAAACUUCAUUCAAGCAACCGUGCAAAAUUAUAUUGGUGACCCUGUCUCACUGCCUAAUUUUGCUCUUUUGUCAACUGGGGCAGAUGUUUUACCUUUUCUGACAACAAAAAGUUAUGUCAAAAGACCUUCUUCGCUUCUCCCAAAGGCUGCUUCAUAUUUGUUUGACUCGUUAACAAUACGAGGACAUGAUCCAAAUAUGGCACUGCAAUCAACGAACGGUGUCGCGAUGUGUUGGAGCUUUAAAGGUUCCGAAGGACAGUUAGGAAUUUCGCUUUCACGCCCGGUUUAUGUGACAAAUGUCACUAUUGAACAUGUCAAUCAUAAGAUUGCGCACGAUCUUUCUAGUGCUCCCAAAGAAAUUGAAUUAUGGGGUCAGGACAUUCAUCAAAACGGGAAAAAGGGAUUUUCUUACUUAGGUAGCGUACUAUAUAAUCUUCAAGGCGAGCCAAUUCAAACAUUCCCCAUUCAUGUUUCAUCAAAACUUCCAAUGAAAAGUGUCAUUUUCAAGGUUAAAAGCAAUUGGGGGAAUCCUGAAUAUACUUGCCUGUACCAGGUUCGAGUUCAUGGUACCGUCCCAAAACGAGAAACAAUGGUCGGUCUAUAUGAAGAAAACCCCGACUACGAAGAUAGUACUUUAUUUGAAGAAGCAUUAUCAUAAAGUGAAUUUGAGGCAUCCUUAAUUUGGAUAAAUUACUCUCCAACCAUUGGUUUAAAAUCAUAAAAAAGGGUCUCUCGUUUUCUGUUCUCUUCAUCAGCUUCUUCUAAGGUCAACACUUGUUCUAUAAUGUCAGGUGGAUUCAACUCGAAUCGUUUUGCACGACGCCAGCGUUCAAGCCGAGUCAUUCCCAGAUAAGGUCCAUAUUUCGCAGACAUGUCAAAGUGGUGCAAGACAAGCUGCACUUUACUUAGUUCUUGUUCAUGGACGGGUAAACUCAUACGUUCGGAUAAUAUACUUUUGUAAGCAUCGUCAAGAGCUUUGGAUAGUUCAGGAUCACUCUCAAUUCGUUCCUCUAAACUUAGAGACCCGGCGACUUCUUUUUUUGUUUCCUUCUCUGAGCCAGAAUAUUUCGAUUUUUUAUCCGUAGAAGAAUUUUUUUCAUUUCCUCGUAUUAUUUUGGGAAAUGCAUCUCGUACAGUCCUUUUUGGAGAUGAUUUUUUACUCACUUUAGAGCUCUUCUUCAUGUUGUGUGAUGUGCUUUCUAGACAAUGAGUCUUACACUCAAUGGGACUUGCAGCUGUUUUUUUAUUCCACUCUUUGAAAAUUACAGUUUAUGAAAAUUCUAAAUAAUUGAAAACGGUUCAGUCAUGCUUAUAUUUUGUCUUCUGAACCUUUCCUUCGUGGUCUCUUAUGCGUAUAUACCAGAAUUCGAUGCGUCACGCUGACGAGAAUCCUAUUACAACCAACCUUUCUCAUGUUCAGUUCUACAGAAAGUUUGAUAGAAUUGGGCUGGUAUGAUUCUAUUCUAUUAUAUUUCCCUUUUACUUAAAACGUAUAUUUAUUUUCUUUUCUUUUGGGUCGCGUGUUCUUUGUUCAGUCAUAUUAUCAUAUUAGCGAAUUAACAUUUUCUAUAAUUCCCACAAAUAAACAAUAGCUAACUCAAUCAUUAAGAUGCUUUACUAGAACGAAUAUUCUGUUGAUGAACCGCCUAGAAUCUACAGUUUUAAGCGUGAACAUAUAAGCAUGUUUAUGUUUGUAAGUAGGAUAUAGGGAUUAUAUGCUUUAUUAUGCGUUGACUGUAUCAUCGUUGAACCAACAUACAUUCGACAAUAAUCACCACAUCAAUUGAAGAAAAAAAAUAAGUAAGGAGGUUCUGUCCAGGCAUAGUUUCUAAUUCCUGCUUUCUUUUCACAUUCCUUCCUGUUCUAUCUAUUAUUUGCACUACAGGAACGAAGCGCAUUACAAUUCGUUAAGCUAGGUAACAAUUUCAAGUCACGUUGGACGACUUCUAGGGACUGCAGUUGCUUCUUCAUCAACUACAAAAGCUCACCGGCUAGAGUAUUCGA